GAACGAUCGUCGUGAAGCGACAGGCAGAGUGAACGCGCCUGAAACCGGUCGACGGUCCGUAAAUAAUGGAUUAGAGGUGAAGCGAGGGACGAGGGGUGUGGCGCACGCACCGGCUGCGCGCGCAGGAAGAGCGCGCAGGGAGUGGGGCGGCGCGCGCGGGGGGCGCUGCGCCUCCCGUCAGCUGUUGCGCGGCCAGGACCGCGCCAAUGCAUCGGCGUCGAUAGUGCGCGCCGCCCGUCUCGACCCGACCCCGAGUGACAGUGACAUAGUGCCAGUGCCCGAUCAGUGUCAACAGUGCCUGUGCCGUGCCCUACCAGUGUUGUGUGUGAGCCAUGAGGAUGUGCAGUGCUACCGCCGGGAGCUGACCUCGCUGCCGCCGCUGGGCGAUGAGAAGUUAUGUUACGCCACCGACCGAGUGGCGUGGCGGUAUCGAGUCCUUCGGAGAGCGGUAGCGGCGGUAGCGACAUCACCGAGCCGGCGUCCCCGCGCAGCCCCGAGUCGUGCGGCGCCGAGGAAGCCGCUGGCGCGCGCAUGCCGCCCUGGGUCAGCGAACCGGCGCCGGGCCCGCGCCGCCUGCCGGCCCAAGCGCCCGUUCGCCGCUCCAACCAGUCCCAGCGCACCGCCGAACACCACCGGCGCAUCACCGAGUUCUUCAGCCACAAGAUGAAACCCCAGAAUGGCCUCAAGCGGGACUCCUCCACCCUCAACAACGAUGACGCCAAGAAAAAGUGCCUCCCCAAAAACGGCGUCACCCACGACCUAGAGAAGUACAUCUCCUACUUGUCGUAUACCCUCAGCCCUAAAGUUUUACUCGACGUCAGUAAACAAAAUGCAGCCGAAGCGCAAAAAUCGUUGAACGGAAUAAACGGCGUCGUUGACACUGCGAAAGCGACGGGGCCACCUAAAACAACGAAUCCGGGCGGAAACGGGUUGAUAGAUUACAGUAAACCUAAAGACAAUAAAGAUAAAAUUCACACUACCAUGAACGGGUUUAUGGAAGUGAGGCAUGGGCCAGAGUCAUCCACCAAAGAGAAGUUGUCAAAUGGCCACUUGAAUGGAUUCGUCGACGGCAAAAAACAAAACUUCGACCCAUCCGCCAAUAGGGUUGCUAACUAUAAAAAACUAAAUGUUGACUUGACCAAACGUAAAGUUCCGAUCCCAGCAUCUAACGAGUUGGUUGGUCUUAGAGUUAGUUCUACAACAAUGAAACCUAGAAAGUUAUUAAACCUUAAACCUGAUACCACGAAGAUGAACGGAGUGGUAAGCUCAACAACAAAAUUGGAUAGCAGGAUGAAUGGUGUCACAUGCGGUUCAAAUAACUUAAGUUUAAAUCCGGUAACGACUAGCCCGACCAUAAAGAAGGAAGCACAAAAGAAAACUGCUCAGCCUGCUAAGCGCACUAAUAGAAAAUCAUCAGCAUGUAUAGCCAACAGCAAAAACCUAACAUGGUCUAAAGCGAACAACCUUAAGCAGCAAGUUCAGCUACAGAAACAAAACAAUUGCGUUAACUCGGUGCCAAGCAGCUCUGGAUUGCCGGAUGAAACUAACUCCACGCCAAAGAUCAAUGUCCCAAAUGGAGUUCGACAAGUUCCGAUGACGAUGAACGGCAACAUUGGCAAUCUUAACGUGCCUGUCACCAAUUUCCAAAAUUGCCACCAAAUAAAUAUUCCGCAGCCGUGUAAUGGUACCGUAACUUCCACUAAUUUGGGCCCGUUUGUUGCCGUACCGCAGAACGUAAUGCUUACCGCCUUAAGGAUACCACAUAAUGGACUCCCAGCGCAAACAUUAACCAAUCACCAACCAAAUAAUAUGAAUCCUUAUAACAGGACAAAUGUGAACGUGCAGAGCCCAACGAAGUUUGUGUUUCCAAUCAUGCAAAAUCUUAACGGCGCUGUAGUCCAAAUACCUAAUUUAAUGGCGAAGAUGCCAAAUUUUGUUCUUCCCCAAACACCUCAAUUAACUACGCAAAGGCAUGAUCCGUUACAAAAUCAACAGGCUCAAAUUUUAAUUAAUGGAACUUUACUAAAGCUUGGAAACACAAUGACACAACCAUAUGCAAAUGUAAACAAACCAUCAAUGCCGACAACCAGUCAGUCUGGUGUUUCAGUCUUGAAUAAAAAUCUAACAGGGAUGCCGACGAUGGGUGUGACAGUGCAGCCGAAACCAAACUAUGCCGUUAACCUUAGCCACUCCGUACUUGUACCACAACCGGGCUUCAUAGUUACUUCUGUGCCAAAUAUGAAUGUUAAAGAGACUUGGAGUUACGCCAGUACAAAUCCAGCACCAUCACCUCAAACUUCAUGCUCUAACACGAUGGUGCACCAACCGCCGCCUAUGGUUGCUAACUUCUCUACUCCUACAUUACAUUCGAGUAGUAUCCCCAUAGCACCUGUCAAACCACCCGACAAUCCGAUACAGGGAACGGACCCGCCAAGCAGCACAGUGAAAGAACCAGAACAUAGCGAGGUACUCAUGCCAAAGUGUGAUUUUCCUUGGCUGUCCAAGACGUUCAACAAUAAUAUCGUCCCGCUAGAUUCUAACAAAAAGAUGUUGAGGCCUUUCGCAGAAGUUAGUAGUUUAACAUCUAAAGUAGAUCAUUAUUGCUCAGAAAAGAUGAACGAUGACCACUUGGACCAAGAUGAAGCGGAAAAAUGGAAAGACAGUUCGAUGACAGACUUAAGAAAAGUUGAAGAAGUUGCUAAGAGAGAAGAUACCAUCUUCACACAAAUUACUGUCCUAAAGGAUGUUUCAUCUAACGUUCAAAGCACUGUGAUAGAAGCGAAUUUCUGUAGUACUACCACGGAGUCUUCCGAAUCGGGUAUAGGUACAGGAUCAGACAAGUCAAUAGAUUCGCCAAGUGACUCACAGACGAGUAAAGAUUGUGACGACGACUCGUCUCUAUCUUUAAGUAUUAGCAUUAGUUCAGUGGAAGCGCAGAGCUGUCAGAAGAGCCCAAUCCUGAAGCAGCCGAAAACGUUGCGCUUUCCACCGCGGAAGCCGAUUAAAGCGAGCAGCGACAAGAGGACAUCCAGCACUGAUACCUCGGGGUCUGUCACCGUAUGUCUUUGGGAGAACUGCAAGCAGGAGUUUGAAAGCGACACUGAUCUCUUAGAACAUUUACAGUCGAUACACGUAGAAUCACAGGCGGGCAAGGAAAACUACGUGUGCCAAUGGGAACGGUGCAAGGUGCGCGGCAAGCCGUCCUGCUCCCGGCUUUGGCUGGAGCGCCACGCGCUGUCUCACGGCGGCAACAAGCCCUUCAAGUGCAUCGUCGACGGCUGCGGCCGCAGAUUCUCCACUCAGAUACUGCUCGAGAGGCACGUGAAUAACCAUUUCAACGAAGUGUCUCUUAACGCCGGCAGCGGGAAGAAGACAACUGACAGCGCGCCUAAACUCAUUCGUAGGAAUGGCAAGAAGCUGCGGUAUAGGCGGCAGCCCUGGUCAGCGCGCAUGUUCGACUUCUUCGACUCGGGCGUGAUGGAGCGGCUGGCGUGGCAGCUGUCGCGCACGGCGCGCUGGCGGCUGGGCGGCGCGUGCCCGCUGCGCGAGCCGGCCGGCCGCCACACGCUGGCGCUGCUGGCGCGCUGCGCCGCCACGCGCCGCCGCCCCGCCGCCGGCCCCGAGGUGCUGCUCACCUACUACCCGCCCCACGUGCUCGAGGACGAGUGGGUGCCGGCCGCGGAGGCGAAGCGCAUCAAGCGCGUGGAGAUCGCGUCGCUGCCCGCGCCCACCAAGGUGCUCCUGUACGAGCAGUUCUGCGCCUCGUACCGGCGCGCGCCGCCGCCGGCCGGCGAGCCCGCCGCCUGCGCGCCGGCGCGCCUGCUGGACGAGCUGCUGCGCCGCGACGCGGAGUGCGGCGCCGCCGACGCGCCGCUGCCCGGCCCCGCCGCGCCCGCGCGCGCGCCGCCCGCCGGCGCCGCCAAGCGCAAGCAGGGCCGCCCCUACGGCGGCAACGCCUUCUGGCCCUGCGGACGGUAGGCUGCGGGGCGAGCGCCGCCCGACUGAGCCGCCCGGACUCAAUGGUUCAUUCUAGCUUUAUGACGAAAAUGUUACAACGUUUUCGAUGUAUAUUAUAGUUGAAAUGACUUUAGCUCUGGAACCGGCCGUGUGACCGUGUUCCAAAUAGAGUCCCGCUCGGUCGGACCCCUCUCGCUCCGUUUAUGAGAGCUUAAGUAGUUCGUUAGCCCGUUAAGAGUCCGCUAGCUUAACUUGUACAUAGAACGGUAGGGACGCCGAUUCAGUAGAGGCCGGGUCCGACAGAUGUUGAUUCUCCGCCCGGCGUGUGCGCGUCGGGGAAAUUCGCGCCAAAGAUUCGACGGUCCGCGGUUUUAGACGUAGUAUCGAUAGCGGAGGUAAAAUUUUAUUGACAAGACUGAUGCUUACUUUUUUAUAACGAUAUUGAACGGCGGGACGAACAGACGUGUACAUAUUUAGCUCGAAGUGUAUAGAUCGCGUAAGGAGUUCGGCUCGGAGUAUCGUACGCGACGUAGACGAUUUAGUUUAAAGGUUGUUCCGACGGGAGUAGUCUGAAUAUUUUAUAAGGUAAGUAGAGUAAGAGCGACCAGCGCACGUAUCACUGCCAACGUGUACAUAUUAGGAUAGGAAAGUUCGUUUGUCGUAGAAUAUGUUUGAGUUCGCUUCGCAGUGCCCGCGAGCCCCGCGUUCGCCGUAGUGCGUGCCGACAGCUGGACGGCGCGCGCCGGCCGCCAGUCGGCCCAAGUGCCUCCGCCGGCUCCACGCCGGCUAUGGCGGUCUUUCCAUUCGUUGCGGAUUCGCACGCCCGCUGCAUGGUGCUGUCUCGCUCACACACCGGACCGGCGAGCGGAUCUGUAUCAGUGUGAUAUCCGCGUAAGUGUUCACUUUUAAACCCGUUUUCAUAUCAGACUCGCAGUUGUUAGGUUAGAGUUCAAUUAUUGGACGUAAUUUACUGUCCAUCGUUGUGUUCCAAUCGGCCGGAGCGAUGUCCAAUGACGCUUUACAGAAUCAACAACUGUCUACGUAAUAUUCAAUUUUAUGUCGCGGUUGCUAUUGCGUCGAUACUAGUAAAUAUGAUUUUGAUAAAUGAAGUAACAAAGAAAGUUGCAAUAUGACCGCGACCGAUCAAAAUGACACUGCCAAUGUUGUGUUUAAAUGUAAUUGUAUCCUGCCGUAUCGGCAGCCACGAGUACUGUUAGCAAUAAUCGUUUUGUGAUAAGAUACUUUCUAGAGUAACGACCGGUGUUCAAUACGUUAACAUUCAAGUUCAAUUUAUUACUGAAUCUCACGCUGCGAACAGGAAUACAUACUGUAUGUUUUAAACUAGAGUAAAAGAAAAAAAGAGUAAAUCAAAAAGUGACGUUAUAAGAAUUACUUACGCCUGAAUAAUACUUCUUCCUGUUUGUCGCGUCGAUUUAAAUUCAAUUCCUUGAACAUGUAUAUGUGCAUGUUUUAUUGAUAGAAAAGCAGCCUUAAUUAAGUGAGUAGAUUUCAUUAACCUCAAAUUAUUGUAUUUUCCAUAAACAUUGACUGCAAAUUCUGCAUUGAGAUGCAUCGAAAUUAGCAAUAUUUAACUUUAUAUUGAGCAGAAAAAUACAGUAAUACUUACCAUUGUAAUAUUAUAGUAAUAAGGUAGUUUGAUGGAGUUAACGUGGAUUAUCUGAAAUUUUAAAAAUUCUCAAAAGCCCCCCCCAUUUUAGGUUGGGUUUUAACGCGUUGACUACCGUAAAGUUACCUUAUAAAAAGCUUAAUAUACCAUCUGGAGCAACCAGACCGGCAGCGUAACUGUAACGGACUAGCACUGAACAGUAUCGCCCACACUGUUCAGUGCUAGUGGCUCGGGGCCCAGCGGUGUUCAACAAUAUCUGAGCACGCACUCUAACGGUUUGACAAUAGAGGCGUGUUCAGAUUUUUGUAUUUGUACCUGGACCGCUCGGAUAUAUCUGAUGGCGACUGUACCAUCGCCCACACUGUUCAGAGCCAGUCCGUUAACCGUAUUGCGAAAAUAUUAGGUGGUAUUGCUGUAAGAGCAUUGCUGCUAGUACAAAGGUUAUUAUUUAUUUGUUCUCAAUUCUCAUGUUGCUGCUCUGAUAUACCUAAGUUCUCAAUGGUGAUCCAAUAUAUAAAAGCAAUAAUUGUGUUCCAUUAUUAUUCGUGAAUCGAAUAGUAGUUAGGUACUUGUGGCGUUGUUCAUAUUUAUAUCGUGUACUUGUAAAACACAAACGGUCAGAAAACGCAAUAAGUAGUCAGUUAUCAAACUACCAUGCCAAUGAUUUUGACAUAUUGUCCAUAGCUGAAUUUAGAUGUUAAUCUUUUGGAUGUUACUAUACAUAAAUUGUCAGAAUUGCCUUUUUAGCCGUAAGGUAUACAUUUAGAUACAAGUGAAUGAAAAUUGUGUUCUGUGCUCACACGAUCUCGCUAGUAUUUUUAGUUAGUGCCUCUAGUUGUUAAGUUAGGGUGAAUUGUGUGCGUAUACUCGUAUGGUGUAACUUGAAUGUAAAACGAAACAAUAAAUAGACGCCAUCGCAUUCCGAUUCUCGCUUGCGGUGUAGGAGUGUGCUAGACGUAGCAGUGAGAUGGUCCUGGCGUAGGUGCGUGAGUAAGGAGCCUGGGCGUUGGCUCGGCGCGACCGGCCGGCAGUUGUUAGGUGCGAUACUGUCUCGGGAGUUAUCUUACUUGACAAGCUAGCAGCCGCCGAGACACUCGUGCGGACGGCGGCCGGAGUGUUAUUUAGUAAAUGCGGGAGGCGCUUGAGCCCGAGAUGUAAUAGGAAAAUUUCUCUAUUAGUCAAGUUGGUGCCUGAUUGUCGGUGUGUCUAUGGAAUCGUAUGCUAUCCUUAAACCGGUUAGGACUUUAUUGGAGCGUUCCAAUGAACUGAUUAUUUUUUAUUGAAUUUUAAAAUUAGCGUAAUUAUUUCCAGCACUGAUCGUAGUGCCAUAUUUUAUUGGCUCGUUUUUUUAAUGUAAUUUAAUUUUUUUUAGUGAAAUUCGACACCAAAACUAAAAAAGACGAAAUUCGUUUUUGUUUUAACCGAUUAACAGUAUGGACUUGUAUAUUUGAUCUCAAAUAAGAAAGGCAGUGAAGUUAGAUGAACUCCAGACCGCGCGGGGAAUGAACGCAGUUAUCGGCAAAAUUCUCGAAAAGUAUGUGGCCUAGGAAAACGCUUAAGUACAAAUUUGAUUUUGCUACAUUUUAGGGCGUAACGCGCCAAUCCACCUGUCAUUCGUCAAUCCACGUCUCAUUGUAACUUUUAUACAACUGUAUAGUUAUAAGGAUUGGCGUUUAUACAAGUGGAAGUAAAAUUAAAUGAACGAUAAAUUAUUACAUAAAUAACUUCCGGAUUGAAUUAAAAUUAGGUCCCCUAGAUUAGAAGUAGGAAUUCGACUCGUUAGACAGAGAAAUAUUUUCUGAAACCUUGUCUGCGGCGAGGGACGAAAUUAUAUCGAAAAGAUACAUUGAUAUAUUCAUAAGUGAGGAAAGAUUAUAUUUUUACCACUGCCACCAGAAUAGUAAUAGCGUUUUGUCCAAGUUGUUUUCUAUACUCUAUUGUAUUUAAACCCUAUUUGUAACGUUUUUAUAAAACUUAUGUUCCGUGACUUUCAACUGUGUUCAUUAAUGUAUUAGAUCGGUGAACAAUAUCACUGCCUGUUUAUUUUACGGACAAAUCUGAUGGUAACGUUUGUGCUCCGUGUUAGUGUGAGAUGUUGUGAAGCAUAUUACAGCUUGCAGACCAGUUAGCACGAUUACAUUCAUGUCGAUGUGUAAAGCAUUCGUCCCUUACAGGCAAGUAUGUAAGUGCGAAAGGGACGAGCGUUUUACGUGGGACAUGGACGCGGUAGGAGUCGCGGUGCAGAGGCGAGUAGACGGGCUCGUCACGCUGGGUCCCACGCGAGGACCGCGAAGCGGACGAGGCCCAGUAACCAAAUGUGUUGACAGAUGCUUAUUGAGCGAGUAGAAUGUAAAUAGUAUAGUAUUGUUAUUACUGCGUUAGACUGUAAUGUGGUUCGCGGACGCGGAGGCGGUGGGCGAUUGUCUUGUUUCCUAUAUUAAAUGCGUUUAUUAUAUGAAUGUUCUCCUUUAUUGUAAAUGUUUGACGAGAAUACAAUAGUAACUAUAUGAGGAACCCUGUAUCCCGAAUAGUGUGCACUACUUAUAUUCAAUUUGUAGAUAUUUUAAUUAUAUAGUAUAAUGUCUAAUGUGUCUUUAUUUGCUUACCCCUGUAAGGUGAAUCCGACAUUUAUUUUAUAAUUUUGACCCCGAGUUGGUGGGUAAUCUACCUCAAUUUAUUUAUCACAUUUUUGGGCAUAAUAAUAGUGAAUGUUAAUUUAAUUUCGAACCCUGAAGUUUGUUCAAUGUAGUGAUUUAUAAGAAUUUUAAAUACUAUGGUUUGUCCACCUGUCACAAGUACUGUAUCUUAUAUUAAAUACAUAUUGUAUGAUUGAUA